GCGUGCACCCGAGCGCCACGACAUGCGUGCAACACCCGUGCAAAGUCUACGACUCUGUGCACAUUUUCUUUAAGAUAGGCGAACCCCUUGUAGACUAUAUUUUUACAGCCGACUACCCUUUCGCCUGCGCGGGCAACGUUGCGGCACUACAAAUGGGCGACGCAGCCGAACAAGCAUACUUUGACAGCCUGGAUGAUGAGGUCUUAUGCAGCGUUCUGGCAGGGUGCGGCGCGAAAGGUGUCUGCGUGGCGAGUGCAGUGUGCAAGCGGUUUCGCGACAUUGGCCAGACCCUCGCGGCGCAUCGCCAGUUUUCUUCGGCAGCUUCUGUGAAGGCAGACCUUGCGGAUGCCGUUGCGGAGGCGUGCGACCGCGCUCUCGCUGGCAUGCUGGGCGCUGUUGACUUCGCGCUGUUGUUCGUGGCCAACUAUGAGGGCGUGAAAGGCGGGCUGGCCGCGCCGGUGUUGGAGGCGCUGGCAGCCAAACUGCCGCCCGGCACCCAGGUGGUGGGCUGCGCCACCUCGGGCCUCAUGGGCGUGGGCCCCGGCGGACCCUUCGAGCUGGACCCCAGCGACGGCGGCGGCGGCGGCCGGCGGCGCGGCGCCCGCCCCGGCGCCGUCAGUGUGCUGCUGGGCCGCAUGCCGGGCUGCCGGCUGAGGGCCUUCUGCAACCUGGAGCCGGUUCCCCCUGGUCCCGGCGCCGCGGGCCGCCGCAGCAGCAGCGACUCCCGCGCCGGCGGCCCGCCCUCCGCCGUGGCCGCCGCCAACGCCGCCGUGCGUCAGUGGCUGACCAGCCCCGACCCCCGGGCAGCGGGACUGAAGGCAGCCGCAGCCGCCGGCACCACAGGUGCUACAGCCCUGCAGGCCAGCAGCGCCGCCGCCGCAGCCGCCGCCGCAGCCGCCGCCGCAGCGGCAACCACCAGCAGCGUCAAGUCUCGAAAGGCGGCGGCUGCAGCGGCGGCAGCCGCGCCCGCGGGGCCGGAAUCCGACACCGGCACGGCCGCAGCUGCACCUGCUACUGCCGCCCCGCAUGCUGCAGCCGCUACUGCCGCGUCUCUGGGCCUGCAGUCGGUGUGGCUGCUGAUGGCUGGCUCCAACGCCGCCUACCACCUGCUGGACGGACUGCUGGAGUGGAUGCAGCGGGACGACGGCGCGCGGCCCGUCAUCGCGGGCGGCGUGUCAUCGGGCCGCGGCGACCUGUUCUUCCACCCAGGGCUGCCGCCGCGGCCGCCCAAGCAGCGGGCCGCAGGCAGCGCCGAAGGCAGUGCAGGCGGGGACGGGGGCUCCGGCGGCACCGGCAAGCCGGUGGCAGGCAGUGGCGAGGCAGAGGCGGCGGCGCCGGGCAUCCGGACGCGCAGCCGCAGCCGCGGCCGUGCGGCAGGAACGGCGGCAGCGGUGAAUGCUGAGGGCGGGAGUCCGGAGAUCACGGCGGCGGCGCCUGUGUCUGUGGGGUUCUGCUCUUGGGACCCGGCUACAGCCAAGGGCCUGUGCUACGUCGGACUGGCGGUCUGCGCGGGCGGCGACGAGAAGGCGGGCGAGGAGCCGGCGGCAGUAGCAGCGGUACCGGCAGUAGCAGCGGUACCGGCAGUAGCAGCGGUACCGGCAGCAGCUGCAGCGGUAGCGGAGCAAGGGCGCGGGGAGGGUGCGGCGGCGGUGGCGGCGGCGGUGCGCGCGUGUGCUUACUCCAUGCGCGGCUGCGCGGGGCUGCCGGGCCAGCCCGUGUUUGAGCGGGUGGGUGUGAGCCGGGAGGAGCUGGUGGUGCGGCGGACGCGGGCGGCAGCGGCGGCGGCAGCGGCGGCAGCCGAGGGGGCAGCGGCGGCGGCCGCAGGGCAAGGGGCUGGGGCGGCCGCAGGGGAAGGGGAAGCGGCUGGGGCGCCGGAAGAGGGAGCAGGGCCAGGGGCUGGAGGGGAGCAGGAAGCGGCGGGCAGCAGUAGUGAGGACGAAGAGGAGGUGGAAGAGGAGGUGGAAGAGGAGGAGGAGGAGGAGGAGGAGGAGGAGGAGGAAGAGGAGGAGGAGGACAGUGAUGACGACAGCGAUGCUGGUGACGACGGCGGCGAGCUGGUCAUUGUGUCGGGCGGCGUGGCGGCCGGAGCGCGCGGCAGCCUGCACGAGCUGCUGCGGCGGGUGGUGGCGGAGACGCACUCGGUGCCGUACCUGGCGCUGUGGCGGGCAGGGCGGGGAGACAAGUCCGUCAGCCAGGGGCUGGACGUGCAGGCCUUCACGGGCGGGCGGCUGGUGCUGGGCCAGGUGGAGCCGCAGCUGCUGGCGCUGUACGGCGUGGUGGGCUUCAGGACAGACGACCGGGCGGCGCUGGACGCCAUCUGCGGAGGCGGAGGCGGAGGCGGCGGAGGCGCCAGUGCGGGUGCAGGCGGUGGCAGUGGCAGUGGCAGUGGCAAUAGUGAGGUGGUGUGCUGCCAGCUGGCGGACAUCACACCCGAGGGCUGCCGGCUGCACCUGCGCGCCGAGCUGCCUGUGCUGCGCUCCGUGUGCUCCGCCUACCCGCUGCUGCCGGGAGGCAGGCCAGACCCCAGGUCCUGGGCAGGGUACGACGUGGCCCGGCGCGCGGCGCUGGCUGCGGGCGGCCGGUCGGGCCCCGUGGCGCUGUGUGUGUUCAGCUGCACGGGCCGCGGCCGGGCCAUAUUCGGAGAGGCCAACGCGGAGAACGAGGCGCGCAUUGCAGACGAGGUGCUGCAGCGCGGCGUGCCCUUCCUGGGCGGCUACAUGAACGGCGAGCUGGGCCCCUACGUGCGGCACGGCUACGCCGGCUGGUUCUUCAACCCGCUGUGCGUGCAGCCGCCGGGGAGCGGCGCCAGCGGUGCCAGCGCCGGCUCUCACGGCGCCGCUGUGGGGGGUGGAGCGGCAGGGGCCAGGGGCAGCCACAGUGGUGCUGGUGUUGGAGGGGGUGGGGGUAGUGGUGGGGGUGUUGGCACUGGAGGGGGCACGGGUGGGGGUGGGGGUGGGGCUCGUGGCGGGCCGGCUCGCUGCACAGUAGUUGCGGGGGGGCGGGUGCUGCCGCUGGACCGCACCCAGAUGCAGGGGUACACGUCCGUGUACGCAGCGCUGGGGUAGCGGCCGGAGGCGGGGGCGGGGAGGGGGGGCUGUAAAUACCAGCCCAAACUAAACCGAACCCAAUGCAAGAGGGGGGUUGCAGGGGGGGUUAGCAGCCUAUUGGCGCGCUGGGCCGUGUAUGGCUGGGUGGGGGAGGCUAGUGGGAGGCAGGCAGGCGGUGGCUUGUAAGUGGCGGGCGCAAGCCGGGGGUGGGGAGUGUGUUGAAUUGCGUUGUUUGUACUGCGGCGGAGCGACACACGAUUGCAGUGCUCGUAUCUUUGUGGAUUGGCCGUUGCAGGCCGUUGUGUUGUCGGCUGCGCCUUGCAGGACUAACAAAGACUUUGUCUGUGACCUUGCCGUAUGGAAGGCGAAAUACUUUGACGCGGUGGAGUACAUGGUCUUGCCUUUACGCGAAAGGUUGGUCGGCGGGACGCGUACCGUAAUGUAACCCGUUACAGCG